UCUCAAGUUGAAAGAUCUGCGACGUUUGGGAAGCCAUGGCAAUCAUGGCUAUGAACGAACUGAGUGUGGAAUUGAUCAGUGGCAGGGUUUGUACUGUGGAAGUGUUUCCGCAAAUGAAGAUAACAGAAUUGCAGGAGAAACUAAAGGCUUUCCAUCCAUCGAAGGAUGAGCUCACGCGGAGACUCAGCGACCCAGAGAUUGUGGUGGACGGUGAAAAGCUCGUAGCGCUCGAGCACGCGAUGGUGGAAGACUCCCUUUCUGACCAUGCCAAAGUGCAGGUUGUCUUCGUCAACGCGACGGUUGAAUGUGCCAGCAAAGAGCUAUCUGGCCGCAAGGUGAAGGAUUUGCGUGGAGUACGCAUCCCUGACACUGAAACACGCAUUAGACCCUUCGCCUUUGAAGGAUGCCGAUAUUUGUUCCAUCUUGAAAUUCCGGAGUCGGUGACUGAAAUUGGGCACCAUGCCUUUCGUGACUGCAGCUCCCUACUCAGUGUGAAUAUCCCUAAGUCUGUGACCAAACUAGCAGAUUAUGCCUUUGCUGGCUGCAGCUCUUUGACAAAUUUGACCAUCCCAGAGUCAGUGACUGAACUUGGGUACCGGGCAUUGAAUGGCUGCAGCUCUUUGACAAGUCUGACCCUGCCUUCUGUGACACAUCUUGGGUAUGAUGUUUUUUCUGGCUGCAGCUCUUUGACAAAUCUGGCAAUACCUUCUGCGACCCGCAUAGGCUUUGACCUUUUUUCUGGCUGCAGCUCUUUGACGAGUUUGACCAUUCCAAACCGCGCCACUGGAUUAGGGGGUCGUGCUUUUUCUGGCUGCAGCUCAUUGACCAGUUUGACCAUCCCCAGAUCUGUGACUGAAAUACAGAAUUCGACCUUCGCUGACUGCAGCUCUCUUACAACCUUGACCAUUCCCAGUUCUGUCAGUAGCAUUGGUGCAGAUGCCUUUCGUGGCUGCAUCUCCCUGACAACUUUGACCAUUCCCAACUCGGUCACGAGAAUUGGAGACCGUGCCUUUGACGGCUGCAGCUCACUGGUGACUUUGACCAUCCCGGACUCUGUGAGGAACAUCGGAGUGGAUGCCUUUCGAGGCUGCAGUUUGUUGGAUCUUCGGCUGCCGGAUCUCAGAAAAGUGAGAAAUGGGAAGGGUGGCUACACAUAUGAGCCAUGGCCAUCCGCUGCCAAACGACGUCGCCGAUGAUCGAUUUCGAGAUCCAAAAAGGGAUGGUUCCAGGGUGGUUUUGGUGGUACAUCCUGGAACCAGGUUGACAGGUUCCGCCCAUCCUACGGCUUAGAAA